AUGACAGUGCGUGAAAACUCCCACCAGGAGAAAAUUUCAGUCUUGCGAAUUGUUUUCCCCGAAUUCUGUGCAAUAAACAUAUCAAAUAACUUUUCGAUCGAAUUUUCCGACGUGAAAAGUGAAAAGGCAUCGAUCGCGGGUGUUGGUGAAAGUGUAAAUCGAAUUAUUUUGCCGUAAAAAGGCACGCAUUUGUUGGCGCAGCGAUCCGAAAAUUAGGCAUCACGAAACGACCCCCUCCGAGAAAGCUUCGAACGGGAGAUGAAAAAUUCUGAACUCCUGUGGGAGUUGAAGCAUAAAUAGUGCUAAUAUUUAGUGAAUUCUGAUAAUUUGUUGGUGUAAUCAGUAGAACAACAUGUAUAUGUUAGCUAACUAAAUGGCGAAGUAGAAAAGGUGUAGCUCAGCGGUAGUAUCAUGCAAGACAUGAAUAGUCUCUCUGUGUAGUGGAACGAACGCUCAAUAUGGAUUGGAGUAGUGAAACGUUGUUGGAUGCAUUAUCGUCGCCGCCAUCCAAAGAGCAUCGCACAGAGGCGAUACAAUUAUUGUCGUUACAUAAACAGCAGCAGUUCCACCGACAUAAUUUCGGCGCUCAGAAGAUGUUGUUUCUGUUGCUGCUGCUUUGCAGUUUACCACUGGUCACGGUUGAACUGGCGCUGACAAAAAGCUCCCAACACCAAUCGUGCGACAAAACCAGACGAGUAUUCACCGAACCGUACGGCGAGAUUAGCGAUGGACCCUCCGGAUAUAAUUACACACAAGAUUCGCACUGCGAGUGGUUGAUACGGGCCCAGAACGAUAGUCAGUUCAUUACGCUAACGUUUCGCAGCAUGGGAACCGAGUGUUCGUACGACUACAUCUUCAUAUACGAUGGCGAUUCGUUUCGGUCUCCGCUACUGGGGAGUUUUAGCGGGAAAACGGAACCGCAACGAGUAUUGGCUGCAUCCGGAAGCAUGCUUGUGCUUCUCUACAGCGACACAAACUACGUACUGGAGGGAUUCAAGGCGGAAUUUUCCGUGACGAACUGUCCAAACAACUGCACAAAUCAUGGCAAGUGCAUUGACCAUUCGUGUGUAUGCGAGUACAAUUGGAUCGGGUUGGACUGCAGUCUGGAUGCAUGCCCGGAUGGAUGCGGACAGGACGAAGGAAGAGGGCAGUGCUCGAAUGGGAAGUGUGUCUGCUCAAGUGAGUACUCUGGCCAGUCGUGUAGUCUGCACAAAAGUCGCCCCGUCCCGAACGAGUGGCAUUGGCUUUCCAACUCGAAAAAUGGUUUGACGCCCCGAGCAACCCAUACGGCCGUGUAUUAUGCACCGUCGGAUUCACUGUACGUUUUUGGCGGUUACAAUUUGAAUCACGUGUUGGACAGCUUGCAAAUCUAUCGAUUUGCUAAAAGUAUAUGGGAAAACGAGUGGGGCAUGCGAGUCAGCCCCCAAGAAGAGCCUCACGUGGUGGACACAACGGAUGAGAAGUCUCAAAUGGGAGUAUGGCUUUCUGAGGAACCUAGUGGGCCGAACUUUUUCAACAAUGUGAUCUAUUCGUUGGCUGACAAUCGAACGGGUCCUUUUGGAGGAAUGUAUGCAAACAGAAGUAGACCAGCCGGACGUUACGGUCACGCAGCAUGUGCCGUUGAGGAUGGAUUUGUGAUCUUUGGAGGUAAGCUGGCGGGUGGCCGCUUGUCGCACGACUUGUGGUUGUAUAACAUCAGCCACAACAAUGGAACCUGGUCGGAAAGGGCAAGGACAUCAUCCUUUCAACCGCCAUCGCUGACAAGACACACGCUAACACUCGCCAACGGUUAUAUCUACGUAUUCGGAGGAGCACUGGAAAGUGGAGAGUUUUCUUCGCGUCUAUUUCGGAUCAGGUUGUCGAACAAUCCCGUCGAGGAACAAUGGGAGGAAGUUAUACCACGAGGUGGCAAGACACUAGACCUUCGCAUUGUAGCCCAUACUACGUCCUAUCAUAGACAUAGUAAAUCGUUGAUAGUGUAUGGUGGCGUAGUGGCAGGUGUAGCUCGAUUUUCGAAGCUUUCAGAUCGCAUGUUUUCCUUUCAUCUUAAACACCUGCACUGGGCCGAAAUAAUGUAUCCGAGAACGCCUUUGCGAGAUGCCUAUAUUCCAAGGGAACGUGCAUUCCAUACUACCACCAUCAAUGGAAACUAUUUAAUCGUAUUUGGAGGCUACACGCACCGUCACAAUAAGGAAGAAAUUUGCUACGACAAUCAAAUGUAUUUAUACCACCUAGGAUGUCACAAUUGGGUGAGUCAAGAUGUUCUGGGAACCAGCCGGCAUGCACGCUAUCCGAAGCAGCAAGGAGUAUUUGCUCAUGCUGCUGCUCUAAGAAACGGCAACACUUUGUUCCUAGUAGGAGGAUACCACGGAAAUGUGAAUGGAGACUUAUUGGCGUACACUUUGCCACCGUUGUUAAUUGUUGAGAAUGAGGAAGACUUUGAGCCGGAGGCUGCCUGUCCAAAGCAUACUUCCGUUACGGAAUGCUUAUCGGAUCCUGAAUGUGGAUGGUGUUCAGCCGAUAAUGUUUGCUACGGUCGAACGAUAGGCGCCAACUGUACUACUAAUUUACAAACCACAAGAUGUCGCGGCAUUUGUCCCGCCCUUGGCGAUUGCCAUUCCUGCUUGAUUCAUGGUUCGGCCGCGAAAGGAAGCUCCAAGUCAGUUUCCAACAAGCUGGGCUUCGACAGAUGCACUUGGUGCGUUCAAAACGCUCGAUGCCACCACAAUAACGACAACUAUGGAGUUUGCGGCGAAGAUACACCUUCUCAAAAUCCCGGAUGGUGGGGUACAAAAGGCACAGAAGUGCUUUCUCCGGAUCAAUGCACACAAAAAGACACUCGUCCAGGGCUCACUUUUCUGAAGUAUCUUGACCCUGUCAAUUGGUCGAUGCCCGAUUCGGUAAUGGUAGUAAACGCCACUAUGGUAGAUUUCAAUGUUCCUUCUAGUACGACGCAUGCAGAGCAGUCGUUCAAUGGGCAGGUCGUGGCACGAUUACUUGGCUUCAUUCGGCCACCGGCAGUUUGGGAAGGAGCUGGCGAACGCUUGCGAGCUUGCGCCAGUUAUUCACAAGCAGUUCUUCGUAUGGCUUCAACUGAUCUGGGCACGGCAAACUCCCGUAAGAAGGUUGUCCCCGUAGUCACAGCGAACAUCACCGCUGGUCAAACCGUUUGCGAAAUGGCUCAAUGGAGAAGUUUAGAGCCCCGUUUUCGAGUGAUGGUGGACUUCCAAGCCAAGCGAAGUACAGCAGUUAACAUUCAGAGCCACCAUCAGCAAAUCAGUAAAAUGGGACUUCAGCACAGUGCCAUUGGUCAGGAAAAUCCCAAAACCUUCACGUUCGAAUUUUUGGAACCCUUUUCCAAUGGAUCGUGCGGUUCCUACGCUAAUUGCCUUCACUGCUUGUCUGAUUCCCUGUGUGGAUGGUGUGAGCUGACUUCGCAGUGUAUUUCCCGUCAGUCCAAUGAAAGUAUCACCUGCCGGAAAGGGUCCAAUUGGCGCUACCUGACCGUGCAACCAGCACAGUGUUCAAACUGUUCCAACUACAUAUCUUGUGAGCAAUGCAUCCAAACUGGGAUUUGCGAAUGGUGGGCAGAAGAUGCUAGAUGUUCGCGAAAGGGAAGAUCUCUGACGGCGGUCGUUGAGUUGGAUCAAUGCCCAAUUCCGUGUUAUCUGCGAACGAAUUGCUCAACGUGUUUGAACGAACGGGGACGCUGCGUUUGGUGUGAAGCCACAAAUCAAUGCUUCAGUUUCUCCGUCUACACAAGCGAGUAUCAGUUUGGACUUUGUCGGGAAUGGCUUGACCAAACAAUGCCAACGCCGACUACUGCCGGGAGUCAGCUCGUAAGUCCGCCUGUACAACAGUGCAAGUCAUGCAGCAGCCAUAGAAAUUGUUCCCAAUGCUUGCGUUCGCUUAGCUGUGGGUGGUGCUAUGAUGUGGAUAACCCAAUCGAAGGGAUUUGCAUGCAAGGAGAUUUCAAUCGAUCCACUUACAAUUGCCCGGAAACGUUGAACACAACGUCGGAAAAGGCUCGAUGGUCGUACGCACAAUGCCCGGACGUUGACGAAUGUGAACUAGGUCUGCAUGAUUGCCACGAGCAAGCGGAAUGUUCCAAUACUCAUGGCUCGUUCAGUUGUCGCUGUAGGAAAGGUUUCCUAGGGGAUGGAGUUCGAAACUGCAUUCAAACGUGUUACGAAACGUGUGUGCAUGGAUACUGCUCUGGAGGACCCGAUUAUAGAUGUCAAUGCGACCUCGGAUGGACAGGAAUAGACUGCAGCCAGAAUUGUGAAUGCAACAAUCACUCGACAUGUGUCCAAGGGGUGGGCAAAUGUGAUAAAUGCAUGAAUUGGACAGAAGGUCAGUACUGCGAGCGCUGUAGUCCGGGAAGUUUUGGAAACGCUACAUCAGAGCUUGGAUGCCAACCAUGCGAUUGCAACGGACAUGGAAAUGAGGCAUUGGGGAUUUGUGAUUCUCAAACGGGCGAAUGCUAUUGCCAGGAUAACACCGAAGGACUAAAGUGUGAGAUGUGCAAUCGGAACUUUUUCGGCGAUCCAAAAGGCGGUGGACAAUGUUACUAUCAGUGCGAACCCCGGGGAGUGCUGACAAACGUUGGCACCGAAGGAAUCGGUUCGUAUCAAUCGCACCGUUCCAUACGAGGAGGUACAGAAGCACGCGAAUGUCUUUGGAUCAUUAGUCCAUACGUGAAACAUGGCGGUGAACUAAAAAAUGCUAUCAUCCAAUUUGAAAUCGAACCGCAAGAUAUGAACGUUACCUGUGGGCAGAAUGCAGUUUAUGUGUAUGAUGGAUUGCCUGAUUUAACGGGUGCUACCCAACAGAAGCAACUGUUGGCAGUAUUCUGCAGCGAAGACAAAAGCCCAUGGGUCACGGAAGCUCGCUCAGGCCAUCUCACAAUCCACUACAAACAAGGAGGUCACGGUCAGGGCUUCAAAGCAAUUUACAACGUAAUGAGUUGUUCGAUCAAUACGUGUAAGCGUCCGUAUGUGUGUCAUGCGGAUAAAUGUGUCUGUCCAAAAGGAUUUGCCGGACCACGUUGCUCGCUAAAAAUAUGCCCUUCGGAUUGCAAUGUCGAUCGAAAGCAAGGGACAUGCGAUAUCGGAUAUGGGCGAUGUAUUUGUGCGGCCGGAUAUGGAGGUCCCGAUUGCUCACGAACUAUCAAACCUUCCAAUAUUGUAUUUAUGGAACUGUUCAACUCAUACCUCAUCUCCGAUAGCUUUGAACAUUUACGCAAAACGCUUCCUCGCUUUGGUCAUUCCUUGGUCGCCGAUCGUCGUGGGUCGCUAUGGAUGUUCGGAGGAUAUUCGCUAUCCCAUGGUCCACUGAACGAUAUUCGGCAGUUCGACACCAAAAAUAACACGUGGAUGCAGGUUACGGUCGAUUCCAGCCCAGAAGAUCGAAUGCCCCAAGGAAGGUACUUCCACGCAGCAGAAAUCAUAUUCUCAAAGCAAGCAAUUUACAUCUACGGUGGGCUCUCCCGAAAUCAAUCGUCCCAUUUAGUGCUGGACGAUUUCUGGCAGUUUGGAUUGCAAACGCAACGUUGGAGCAUGGUUACACAGAAUGGGGCUAAACCACCACCACUUGCUGGGCACACCAUGACAGUUGUGAAAGAAGCGGACAAAGAUGUCCUUCUGAUAAUUGGCGGAUUUUCAGUAGAUAAUGGAAUGCAGAAUCGCAUUUGGAUGUUCGACUUGAGCUCGAAUAGUUGGUCCAAACUUCUAACCACCGGAGCCAAACCCACGGGCAUUUUUGGCCACAGUACAGUAUGCCAUCCUACUAAGCAAAUUUUAUAUUUGUAUGGGGGUAUCGUCUUCACUGAUGGAAAGUCCAAGGUAUCGAACAAACUUUACGCGUUCAAUUUCAAAAACCUCAAGUGGACCGAACUUCCCGCUUUCGCCAGCAAACCAUCUGACUAUGUUCCUCAAACGCGCUACCUACAUUCUGCUGUGACGACGGAGAAUUACAUGCUGGUGUUUGGUGGCAGAUCGCACCCUGGUAGUGUCGGAGACACAAUGAUAGCUUACGUGUAUAAGUGUAAUCGAUGGUUAAGACUGGGUGCAGACAUCGAAAUAAUAGGAAACACUUUUGGCCAAACUUAUGCCCAAGCGAUGACUCAAGAUCCGGACUACGAUGCUUUCUACUCGGUGGGAGGCUGGGACGGAAGCAGCUACAGCCGUGUAACGAAAAUCAUCAUGCCACCGGAUCUGUGUGACUUGUGGAGCAGCUCAAAGUAUCACUGCCGGCAAUAUAUGGGAUGUAGUUAUUGCGCGAUCACAACUAUGGAAGGGUCCAAAACCCAUUGCUACUCGGUGGGAAACUCGGAUGUUUGCGAUGCACAGAAUGGAACUUUAUCAUUCAACAAUGGAGCGCCUUGCGACGAUGAGUGGAUUUCCAAACGGAAUUGUUCCUUAUUCGAUACUUGCUCGACGUGCCUCGCGUCGUUCCCAUCUCAUGUUGAAUCCAAUCCCGUCUGCCAGUGGUGUCCGGAAUGCGGCGUCCGUGGGAAAUGCCUUCAGUAUGAUAGCGAUUGCACAGCAGAGAACAAGUGUCAAUUCAACCAUUCGACCAUCAUAGAGUUAGACAGCUGUCCUGCGUUCAAUUGUGCCGCUUCUGACUGCGAGAGUUGCCAUGCAAUGUCGAACUGUUCUUGGACAUUUACAGGAAAGCAUUUCCAGUGUCAGUAUCGGAACGAAACCGACAGUAAUAAGAAACCUGCUGCAUGCCCGCCAAACUGCCAUACUUACACAUCGUGCAGCGCUUGUCUGAGUCAGCCAUCUUCGGAAGGCGGAUUUGCGGACUGUAGAUGGUCUACCCAGUUGAACGAAUGUAUCUCUCCCAGUUACCAGCCGAUCUACUGUGCUGGAAGUAUCUGUGGACUAGUUUUAGAUCCGUCCAACAUUGAACAAUGUCCAGAGCCCUGCGGUGCAUUCAGUCAAUGUGCCACGUGCCUCCGCCACGCUCAUUGUGGUUGGUGUUCACGCAACGGAACUGAAGGGGAUGGUGUUUGUACCGAAGGGUCUUUGGAUAGCCCAGUAGAUUACCCGGCUGCUUCGACAUGUGACGUUAUCUACAGCGUCAAAAACAACAUAACAGUCAUCGAUCGGAAUGACCGGUUCAGCUGGAAUUACGUGAAAUGUCCUCCGGAGAACGAAUGUGCCAAUAGCCAUCAUAGUUGCAAUGUCAAGUCGGAACGAUGCGUAGAUCGACCGCACGGCUACGAAUGCCAAUGUGCCGACGGGUACAAAUCUGACUCUGGAGUUUGCGUUCCCGUAUGUCGACAAGGCUGCGUUCGAGGGUUGUGCACUGAACCUGACAAGUGUGAAUGUGACUUUGGAUAUGUCGGUGCCAACUGUAGCAUACAGUGCCAAUGUAAUGGUCAUUCGAAUUGUGCUGGACCGGAUCAGCUAGAUAGCUGCCUACAUUGCCAUAACAACACCCUUGGCUCUCAGUGUGAAAAAUGUAUGCCGUUUUUCGUUCGUGAUCCCCGAAGUAACGGAGAAUGUAUACCAUGUAGUGAAUAUUGCUACGGCCAUACCGAUCUUUGUGUUUCGAAAGAAUUGGAGCCGAUCGUGAAGAGCAUGACCCGUAUAGAGCUGAACAAUUAUCUCACCGAAGGAUCCCAGUCGGAUGCCGUGUGUUUGCGGUGCGAAAAUUUUACGGAUGGGGAUCGCUGUGACACGUGCAUUCCGGGCUACUUCAGAGGAGCUACCAUUGCCAGUGAUUCGUGUCGUCCUUGUCAGUGCCACGGGCACGGGGAUAUGUGCGAUCCGGUAACCGGCGAGAAGUGCAAUUGUGGAAACAACACGGAAAGCGACAAUACCUGCUCGGCGAAGGGGAAAAAUCUGGCGUACAGUUGCUGGUCGAUGCAGUGCACAAAGUGCAAGGAUUCCUAUUCGGGUCAUCCGUCCAACGGGCAUCAAUGCUACAAACAUAUCACGGUGGAUUCCAGGAUGUGCUUCGAUGCCAAAACAAUAGAUGAGUGUAAAAUCAAACCGCAGCCGCUGAAGUCAGGACAAACAGUAUUUUUCGUCAUUCAGCCCCGCUAUAUGAAUGUCGAUAUUAGAUUCAUCGUGGAUGUAACGCAAGGUGAAUUAGAUUUCUACAUGAGUCCCAACGAUGAGUCCUUCGUUGUGCAUUCGAAUGGGAGCUCUGGCCACCAUGAUAUUUUCCUUGACAACCGCUAUUCCUGGCAGCACGAUAUAGUUGAUGUCACUUCGGUCGACACCUUAAAUUUGUAUCCCCUCAACAUUCACGGCAAUUCGUCCGAUAUCAAUAUUGACCCAUCUAUGCCGAUAGGAUUGGCUUCUUCACAAUCGAAUUGCCGAAUGGAUACGGAGAAAUUCUUCUUUGUGAAGGACAGAAUUGCCAAAGAUUUAAUUACGUACGUUACACUGUAUCAGUGUAAUUCCCUGCUGCGAGUGUUUGGCUUGAAGAAUCGUUUAGUUGUGACGCUGCCCCAUACCAUUCAUUCAUUGGGUCAAACUAAAUUUUACAUAGCUCUAAGAGCACGCACUGGCUCAACGGCUAGUUAUGGCUUGGUAUUUUUCCGCCAGGAUCAACUCCAUAUCCAUUUGUUCGUAUUUUUCUCAGUAUUUUUCUCGUGCUUCUUUCUGUUUCUGGCAAUUUGUGUCCUUGCGUGGAAAGCGAAACAAGCUGCCGAUAUGCGGCGUGCUAGAAUACGUCACGUGGUUGAAAUGUUGCAUAUGGCCAAACGUCCAUUCGGUAGGAUAAACUUAAGUCUAGAUAGUCCCGGUGAAACUCCAGCCAGUCAUAGAAAGCGUGUCCGCAGUAAACACCACGCGGCCCAACAAUUGCAGCAGGACAUUGCUCCGGUAGCAUUGGAACCAACCGCGGACAACGUGGCCGCCGUUGGUACAGUAUUUGUACGUCUUCCGGGUAAGCAAAAGUCUCAGAUUACCCUUGCAUUGGCUUCGUCGUUGGUGGUCCUCACUAGGAGUCACACCACGUACAACAGAGCUUUUCAUCGACGGAGAGGUUCGUCGCACCACCAUAAUCAACAUGCUCAGAUUAUGCAGCAACAUCUACAGGAAGAGCCGGUUUUUGUCGAUCUGGCACAGGAACAACUUCCACUGCAACCGAUGGCCCUACAGCGGCCACUAGAACGCAACAAUUAAGGUGGAUGGGACUUCACAAAUAGCUACCGUUCUGUUUUUUUCAACUCACACUGUGGUUCUAAGUUUUAGGUACGCACAAGCCAUGGACUGUUGUAAAUAUUAAUUUUAAGCAUAAGAGAGGAAGCCAGUUGUGAUAAUUUGAGCACAGUCAAUAUCAUUUGCCUAAGGUUUUGUCUAUCGUGAGACAACGAGAAGUUUUCGCCAACAUUAGUUUACCAAAGCCACUGCUAUGUAUGUAUUUUGUCAUGUCACGGCUUGUGAUAGGUCUCCUUUUAGAGGCUUGGUCGCUAUUUUAUGGGCUCUAAGUCACUUUUUUCCUUUUUCCGUGUCAAUUCUAGAAAAUCCAGAGAUACUUUAAUAGAUUCUUACUCAAUACCACAAGUUCUUUUGAAAUUUGUUCAUAAAUUUUUCAGAGAAAUGCGGUUUCUUCUGGAAUACUCUCAGGAACUUCUCCAGGUAUCCUUCCAAAAAAAAUACCUUUAUAGAUUCUCCCAGCGAUUUCUUGAUUCGCUCCAGGAAAUUUUUCAGCGCUCCCAUGCUGCUAUCUACAGUAAUUUUCGCAGGAAUUAUUCUUAAAACAUCCCACAAAUUAUCCUAGAUUUCCUUUUACAGCCAUACCUCGAUAGAACGUGACCUCUUUAUAACGUAACUUGAUAUACCGUAAUUUUCACC